GCUAGGCAAAGACCCGUGCAAGUGUCGGGCUGCUUAUCUGUGCGGCGCUGGGCGCCAAAUCGCCCGCCUGGGGGUAUUCUGCUCUCGAGUUCCCAGCAACACAGCAACUCUGUAGGUUACAAACAACUGCCGUACAGCUCGCACCAACAUGAGUUUUGUUCCGAGUGACCGGGUCGUCGAGACGAUUCCCAUGUCGAGGAGGGGGCAACCCAAGGACAGAAAGCCUAUCCAAGAUAGUCGACAAAACCCCGCUAUAGGAGCCAUUCCGUCUUUCCCGCCUUAUGAACCUUCCUCAGAACCACGAUCGGCUCGAAGGCGCCGGUCUUAUGAGAGGCCGCGUCCAGAAGUCAGGGUGUCCUCCCAUACGGAUUCAGAUUCUGAUCUCCCAUAUCGUCAUCAACGGCCCCGAGCAACAGGCACCAUCCAUCACGAUACAUCAUUCCCUACUCGACGUCCAGAGUUUACCAUUGUCGAUGUGCACUCAUCUGACACACAGCUGGACCGUGAGAUCCGCAAACAGCAGAAAGAGAUAGACCGGCUGGAGAAAGAAUUGCGUGUUCAGAGACUCAGAAUGGAGAUAGAGAGUGAUGUAGAGUUCGAAAACAAGAUUUCGGAGCGAUUAAAGAGACUGGAUGAGAUGGAAAGGGAAGAGGAGCGAACAAACCUGAAGAGAGCCGAAAGACGAGCCGAGGAGCAAUCCAAGAGGAAAGAAGAAAUCAAAGCUGCGUUACGCGAAAAGGAAUGGAAAGAGAUGAAGAAGAAGAAAGAAGAGGAGGGACUGCGGGCCCGGAUUAGGAAAGAGCUGCACGACGAAGAGAUUCGACGGAAAAUCGAAGAACGCGAACGUUUCAUUCACGAGAACAAGAUUCGGCGCGCUGCUAUUGAAGACUAUAAGUUGGCGGAAGAGCAGCGCCUUCUUGAGGAAGAAAGACAGAAGAGGCAGCUGAAAAAGGAGUAUAGAGCAGCCAUUGAAGCGGAGCUCGGGUAUUCCCUCGAGCAGGUGAAAGAUAUUCUCACCAAGGCGACAGGCAAGAAAGCCCAGAGACAGAGUCGGGGGCGUAGCCAAGCAUUUUCUGCAACUGUUCAUGAUGUCCCUAGUGGCGACGAGGCAGAUGUGGAAGCACCUUGAUUUGGCCGGAAGGUGGUCUCCUAUAGCCCUCUAUCUAUAUUAAGUAAUCCAGAUUACGAUGUACUGUGACCUCAGUAGUCUGACUCUUACAGCCCACAAUAUCAGGGCAUGGCUCAUUGUGCUAAGAAUUCGAAACUAGCCAUGCUAGGGUCUAGGAGGUUUUCAUCUAACCCAAACCCGUAUGUACCAACCAUAUCAUAGAUCAAAUCCGGUGGAGGAAACCCCUGGGCCAUGGCAUUGGCACCCCCAGGAACAUCACUA